UUAAGAUAAAUACUUAGCAACUAUCUUAGUUUUCUCCUAAAAAAUGGGUUCCAACAAUAAUGUUUGUUUCGGUGAUGAAGAAAGCCAGCUUUCUGGGGGUAAUAAUAGAGUUCAACCUUACUCUUCCACACCAAAAAACAGGAGUAUAAUUGAUGAUGAGGGAAAGAAGCAAAAUUUUCUCUCACUCUCUCAAAGACUGGGAGUUCCUGACUUCUUUUCUUUGGAUGUAUGGCGAGCGUCGAUGGGAGAACUCCUAGGCUCAGCGGUACUUGUUUUCAUGGUGGAUACUAUAGUGAUCUCUACUUCAGAAAGUGACACGAAAAUGUCAAAUUUGAUAAUGUCAAUUCUCAUAGCAAUUGUGCUCACAAUUCUACUCCUGGCGGUUGUUCCAGUGUCCGGAGGCCAUCUCAACCCGGUUAUCUCCUUCUCAGCUGCGCUAGUCGGAAUUAUAUCUAUGUCAAGAGCCAUAAUUUACAUUGUGGCUCAAUGUCUUGGUGCUGUUUUAGGUGCACUAGCUCUCAAAGCAGUGGUUAGUUCAACAAUUGACGAAACUUUCUCACUUGGUGGUUGCACUAUUACAGUAAUUGCACCGGGCCCAAAUGGGCCUGUUACUUUGGGCCUAGAGACGGCCCAAGCCUUGUGGCUUGAGAUCUUUUGUACGUUUGUUUUACUCUUUGCUUCAAUUUGGAUGGCUUAUGAUCAUCGACAAGCUAAGGCUCUAGGCCUUGUCACUGUCUUGUCCAUUGUUGGUCUAGUGUUAGGACUUCUAGUAUUUAUCUCAACCACGGUUACCGCGAAAAGGGGCUACGCCGGGGUAGGGAUGAACCCGGCAAGGUGUUUGGGGCCCGCGAUUGUUAGAGGAGGUCACCUUUGGGAUGGACAUUGGAUCUUUUGGAUUGGGCCUACUAUUAGUUGUGUAGCCUUUUAUGUGUACACAAAGAUUAUUCCACCAAAACAUUUCCAUGCAGAAUAUGGAUACAAACAUGAUUUUGUUGGAGUUGUCAAGGCUUUGUUUGGGUCGAAUGUAUAAAGGCCCAGAUGCAAUAAUGGGCCUAUGGUGAUGUAUUUAGUUUUGGGCUUCUUUUAUGGGCCAAUAAUAAAUGUGUAAUAGGACUUGAGUACUAAGUACUCGAUGUAAAAUGUUUCAACAAGGUUUUCUCUCUCUUUUAU